AUGGGGGGGUUCCCCCCCAGCCAAGAGCCGGUGCUGCGGGGGCCGUGGGGGGCACCCCCUGACCCGUGUCCUGCACACACAGGGGUGUUCCAGGAGAUGUAUAAGUCCGAGUGUCACUUCAUCAACGGCACCGAGCGGGUGAGGCUCGUGGACAGGCUCAUCUACAACCGGCAGCAGUACGUGCACUUCGACAGCGAUGUGGGGGUCUAUGUGGGGGACACCCCGGUUGGGGAGGAGGUGGCCAGGGACUUCAACAGCCGAGAGGAAGUCAUGGAGUACACACGGUCUGUGGUGGACACGUUCUGCCGGCACAACUACCCAAUCGUCACCCCGUUCACCGUGAACCGCAGAGUGCCCCCCA